UAAAUUUCUGCGCAGGGAAAAGGUGCGGUGGUGUUAGAUAAGUACAAAACCGACUGUCAAGCCGAAGGAUUGAGCCGUGGAAUCACUUCAGUUCAGCCUCGACGCGUGUUCUGGCACCUGUUCUUGGGUUCGCUUUCUUCGAAUUGGUAGCAAGACGGGAUUUUUGUUGAAGCCUGCUUUUGAUUUGCAGUCGGUAUGGGUGAGGAAGAUGCGGUUUCUGAAAAGGUUGAGCCUGUGGCCAAUGGCAACUCGGAGGUGGAGAAGUCUCCUGUAGUGGAGGGGGAGACUGAUGAUGCAGCGGAUGAGAAGGGGGAGCAGCAUGAUGGAGCGACUGAAAUGGAAGAAGACGAUAAAGUGGAUGAUGGGAAAGUUGAGGAACAGGAUAUGGACUCGGGCAAAAGAGAUCCCUAUGUAAGCAAGAACGUCGAGGAACAUGUAGAUGAUUCAGUAAUGAAGGGGGGUGAGAAGGAAGAGACAGAAGCUAACGAAGAAAAGCAAGAAGUUGAAGGAGAAGAUAGGGAAAAGGAGGAAUUGAAGAGUGAGGAAAUGGUGGAAGACUGUGAAAAGAAAACCAAGGAAGAGACUGAGGGUGAAGUUGAUGAAGAGGCUGAUGAAGUGAAAGAAGAGGAAGAAGCAAAAGAAGAAGAAGAGACUGAUGGAGUGAAAGAGGAAGAUGAGCCUAAAGAAAAAAAGGGAUCGAAGAAACGCCCAAGACCAAAGAGUAACAAUGGGAAGAAGGAUAGAGUGAAAAAGAAAGAAUCUGAAGAUAAGGAAGAUCUGAAAACCCCAACCUACAAAAAGACAAAGGAAUCUAAAACCCCAGUAGAAAAAAAGCAGCCAAAAACCCCUUCCGCGGCCUUAAUUGAUCGCCCUGUUCGGGAACGGAAAUCGGUGGAGAGGUUGGUUGCUAUUAUUGACAAGGAUUAUGCCAAGGAGUUUCACGUUGAAAAGGGUCGUGGAACUGCUCUGAAAGAUAUCCCAAAUGUGGCGUAUAAGCUGUCGAGGAAGAAGUCAGAUGAUACUUUUAAAUUGCUCCAUACUAUUCUAUUUGGAAGGAGAGGAAAGGCAGCUGAAGUGAAGAACAAUAUUUCAAGAUUCUCUGGUUUCGUUUGGAAUGCUGCUAAUGAGGAAAAGCAAAUGAGUAAAGUCAAAGAAAAACUUGACAAGUGUGUCAAAGAGAAACUAGUAGAGUUCUGUGAUGUUCUUGAUAUCCCAAUUUCCAAGGCUAAUGCAAGAAAGGAAGAGAUCAUUACUAAACUGGUAGAUUUUUUGCUGGAACCUCGUGCAACUACUUCUGAUUUGCUGGCUGAUAAAGAUCAGGGAAAGAAGAGAAAGAGUGCCAGCAAAUCAGCAUCUAGGAGUAGGACACCGUCAAAAAGCUCAGCGAAGCGUCAAAAGAAAGGUGAGAGUGAAUCCAAGAAUGAUGAAGAGACAAAGGACACUAAUCUGGAAUCAGAAGAUGAAUCAGAAGAUGAGAAAGAGAGAGACAUAAAUGGUGUUCCAGAGAAAUCUGAUGAGGAAAUGUCUGAACAAGGCGAAAGUGAGCAGAAAGGAAGUGAUUCUGAAGCAGAAUCAGAGGAAGAGAGUGUAAAGAAGAAGCGAGGAUCAGCUAAGUCUUCUACGAAGAAGGUUUCUGAAGAACCCAAAACCAAGAAGACUACAAUUUCUAAAAGGACCAGUUCUACUGCCAAAAAAGCAGCUGCCAAAUCACCACCUAGUAGAGCGAAAAGCAAUGAUAGGAAUAGUGCAAAGAAGUCUUCCAGUAAGAAGAAAGAGGAACCAACCAAGAAGUCAGACCCUCCAAAGGAAUCAGCAACAAAGGAGAGCGCUGGGAAGAAGAUUAUGAAAGUGAAAGAAAAGCUCAGGGAGGAGACAUUAAAACCUAGUGAUGAAGAACUUAAGGUUCAGAUCUUGGAAAUCCUCAAUGAGGUUGACUUCAACACAGCAACCUUUACUGACAUUGUGAAGCUACUCUCUAAGCGGUUCAAGACAGAUCUGACAUCAAGAAAAUCAUUGAUAAAGAGCAUUAUCCAGGAUGAGCUGACAAAGCUAGCCGAGGCUGAUGAGAAAGAUGAUGAAGAGAAUGAGGGCGACGCCGAGAAGAAUGAUAACAAGGCUUCCACCACCCCCCCCACCACCGUACGCGUCAAGGGAUGAGCUGAUGGAUUGCAACACAGAUAGAUACAUUUGUGUACACUAGAGACAACCAUACCAUACCAUAUCGAUCACUCCAUCCUGCCCGCUGCUGUUUCAUGUUGGCGCUGUAAGUUAUCAACCAUUAGAAAGAAAUGUUAAGUAGUCUGCUCUGAAUGCUAUGCUCUAAACUGUGUUGUGGUAGAAUCAUCAUUUGAAUUGAAGCUCUUGUGUAGAUUUGUUUAAGAUUCUGACCUUCCUUCCUUCCUAUAGGGGUAGGAUUAGUACCCGAGUCGAUUCGACUUAACUGUUCUGAGGUUUCUGUUGUUUCUAUGGCUUGGUUAUGACUAGUCUUUUUAAAUUAUUGACCACCCAUCAAGAGAUCAUUCUCUUCCCCUUCUA